AGUUCCUCCCGACACUUUGCUCGUGUGAUUCUGUUUGAGGUCGUGAGGUUUCCCAGCUUGCAAGUUGGCUGAAGUGGGCUUUUGCUGCAGGCAGCGCCUGCUUGCUUGCUUGGGCGGGCCGACGCUGACGUCGACUCGGGGGCGCUGGCGGCGGCCGCUGGCCCCGUGUGUACUCGGGCUACUGCUGCUGGCGACCGCUGGCCCCGUGGGUACUCGGGCUACUGGCGACUACUGGCCCCGUGUGUACUCGGGCUACUGCUGCUGGCGACUACUGGCCCCGUGUGUACUCGGGCUACUGCUGCUGGCGACCGCUGGCCCCGUGGGUACUCGGGCUACUGGCGACUACUGGCCCCGUGUGUACUCGGGCUACUGCUGCUGGCGACUACUGGCCCCGUGUGUACUCGGGCUACUGGCGGAGUGGCGCCUCACACCUCGCUGCCUUCAGCCGGACAGCAGCGAGCAAGAUCUUUGGCAGCGAGGCCGCCAUGUUCGCCUGCGUCCGCUUCCUCCAGACACAAGUGCAUCACAUCGUGCCCGUGUCUCAGAUCAGGAAUUUCCAGCCAGCCUCCAAGAGCGACUUCAACAAGAAGCAAGUGUACCGGUUGAUGCUGCCGCCGAUGUGCCCAGGGAGCGGCAGCGGGCCGGGAGAGUUGGAGCUAGGGGCCGCGGCCAAGGGGAGUCACAGCCGCAAGGCCCAGAUCCUGGCUCUGGGAGACAGCAGCCAAGAACUGGAAAAAAUUGUGAAACUGACAAAGUGCAAAAUGCCUAAAGUAAUUGAUAGUUUCAUUGAACUGUCUGAAUCAGAAGAGGGUGAAAGUGUUGAAGAUGAACCACAUCAAUUCAACAACAUUCAGGAACAAGUGUCUCAAAGCAUCUCCUGCUUUGAAGAUAGCAGUGAUGAUGAUGACGACGACGACCAAACACUGAAGAUUUUUGAUGAACUAAAACACAAAUAUUCUCGGGCCAAAGCUCACAAUAAAACGCUGACUCGGGAACUUAAAAAAGUUACAACAAAACUUCGGUAUGUUGAAGAAAAGCAAAAAGAUUAUGAACAUAUGGCUUCUGAGCUACAAAGGCUGAGAGACCUCAAUAUGGAUCUUCAAAAUGCACUACUUUUGAAGUUAUUUAGAUUACCAGAGCAAUACCAUGGUUCCAAUCCCGAGGAGGAGUUAAUUGACAACCCAUCUGCUCAUCAGCUAAUUUCUAGCCCUCCAGUAUCUUCAAUUCUGCAGGAUCAUUUGAAUAUGCAACAAAGAAUUUAUCCCUGCAAGAAAAGUCCACAUCCUCUUCUUCCAGCUCCAACUACUUCUGACCAUCUGGAUAACCAGACCGAAAAUGGGAACAAUAUGGUAUCGUGUCCAUGGGCUGCUACACAAGCCAUUGCUCUGGCUCAACCCAGUGUCUACUCUGUUCAGGAUGGAAAGGUUCACAUUGGAGCUAAUAUAUGGAUUGAUGAGGACAAGUGGGAAACAGUGAAACGUCAGCCAAGUGAUUCAAGGUUCACAAAGUGUUUGGCUGUAGCCGUGUGGGGAGUGGAUACUUUGAAGGACAGAAGUGUCACUGGAAUUGCAUGCAAUUCAACAAAGUCAUCUCCUAAACCACCUCUUUCCCCCUACAAAGUACAGAUUAUUAAAGAACAAUUACUGAAUAGAAUACGACAAGAUGCCAAAGAUGACAAUGAGAUCCAUAAGCGACUAAAUAAAGUAAAUCGAUAUAUUGGGGAAAAAAUAAUGGACAUUAAUAAGCAGUGGCGAAAAGCCAAAGCAGAAAUAUCAAAGUUUAGAAACUGUGAAUGUGAGAUGGGUUUAAAAUGUGAUAUCCAUGCACAUUGUGAGAGACCUGAGGUACCCAUCAAGGAAGAAAUUGAAACCUUUAUCUAUGAAUAAUCUAGUGAGAAUAACAAAGUUCUGUUCAUGGUGAUUGUUAUCUAAAAUUGUACAACUGUUAUUUGAUUACAGUGAAAUCUGUUUGUACUCAUUUGUUUACCAUAGAAUGGUAUUGCAGAAAAAUAUUUUCUACUGGUUUUUGUGUAAUUGACCAUUUUAUGACUGUUAAAUCAUUGAAACGAGACGAUUAUAAUUUGUUGAAUUCUGCAAAACCAAGCUAUUUGGUCCAUUGCACCUCCACCAUGUAUCAGUGCUUGCUACUUACCUUUCCUCCUGUUCUUCCUACUCAAGACUUUUAUACAGUAUGCAGUUAUGAAAAAUUCCAAUGAACAGUCUUCAGAGCAUUUGAUUCUGUUUCCCCUUUUAUUUUGAUAUUUUUUUAAUUUAUGCCCUUCCUUCUUGGGUUGGUACAUCACUGAAUAUCGGUAUUUUUCCUUUCUAUUUUAUAGUGCUUUAUGAUUUGUAUUAGUUUUAAUUUACUGUCAGAUCUCUUUAGUUUGACUGUAAAACUGAACAAAUAUGGAUAUUUGUCAUUUGUCUUUAUAACUAAACUUUCCCAUUGAUAUGUUAUCAGUUUAGCACUGAUUCUUUUUUGUAUUCUCUCCAAUGCCUAUUUAAUUUUCAAAGUUUCAGACAAAGCCAGAUAUAAAACUUAAAUUGGUCAUUAACCAAUAA